AUGGCUGCUUUGAUUCAGGGGGGCUGUGCUGUGGACCUGCAGGACGGAGUGAGUGCUGACACACCUGGAGAGACCUACAGCACACCUGUUUGUGUGGCUGAUUAAUGAUUGUAGCAGUUUAGUUUGACAGGAAGUUCAUUUUGUGUCAGGAUGGAAACACAGCGCUGCAUGAGGUCUCGUGGCAUGGCUUCUCUCACUGUGUCAAACUGCUGACCAAGGCUGGAGCUGACAUCCACAUCAGGAACAAGGUAGGAGGAUCCACACAUACGUAUGUGCUUAGUUGAAAGUCUUUUUAGAUGGAUGUGGAUCCCCAAAUCACGGUUUCUUUGACAAAAACCUUUGUCUUUAUUUCAAAGAUAUCAAAACCUGUCUGGUCUGGACUGUAACUGACUAAAACUGCAUGUUUGAAAGUGCACAUGUCUCCUAAAGUUGGGGUGGUAUUGUUUUCUGAAGCAUUUCGAAUUGUCAGGAUAAGGAUUUUCAACCAUUCACUGCUGAUAUAUGAUCUCUCUGUGGGGCUUUUGUAUAUUUACUCUAUGGUGACAGGAUGAUUUGGAUUCAGGCAGGUAACACAGCUCUCCACCUGGCGUGCCAGAAUGCACACGCUCAGACUGCUCGCCUUCUGCUGCUGGAAGGAUCCAAACCAGACACAAAGAACAUUGUGAGUCCUGCUGCAUCCCACAAUGCACUGAGCUAGCUCAUGCAAGCUGUAGAUUCCCUGCUCUGACUUCAAGAUGAUGCUAAAAUGUGUGAUAGUUCCAUGGUCACAGCUUUUCUUUAGAACAUGAAAACUCUGCUUUGGUUCCAGGUGGGAGAUACAUGUUUGCAUGUUGCUGCUCGAUAUGAUAACCUGACUCUGGUGAAAAUCCUGCUCAGCUCUCUGUGCUCUGUGACCCAGAGGAACCAGGUACAGUGUCACAGAAUAUCAGGGUGUCAUACAGGUCAUAACACAUGUCUAGCUAUUGUUGUUUUGCCUAAAUACACCUGACUCCACCUGCAAUAGCAGCUCCAAGUACAUAAUUUGUAUUGUUUUUAUUCAUUGAUAGGCUUUUAUUAAGAUGAUACCAAAUCUACAAUCUAAGAAAAAAGGAGCCUCUCUCUCAGAUUAACUUCUUAGUAAUGUAACAUGUCCUGUAACAUGUCUUGUCCUUGUGUGUUUGUUGUCCUGCAGUCAGGAGACACGGCUUUGCAUGUGGCUGCAGCUCUGAACCACAAGAGGACAGUGGAGCUCUUGCUGGAGGCAGGGACUGAUGGGAAAAUUAGGAACAACGUGAAUAUGCAUGAAAACAUACAAAGAGCAUCAUGUUGAGCAUCCUUGUCACAAGUUUUUCUUCUCUUGAGAUCAUGAAGAAACAGUCUGAUAUCCCCUUUUCAAAAAAUUAGGAAAUUCAUAAAGAUUGGAUUACAGCUGCUAAUGGCACGAAGAGCUGCACAUUGCACUAAUGAUAUGAAAGCACAAACAGGCCUGUGAAAUUUGCCACUCUGCAGUUUGCUGCAGUUUUGAGUCCAAUGUAACCAUAAGCAUCCCCACACUGCUGCACAGCACUACACAGCACACUCUGAUCCUCACAAAACUCAAAUCUGUCCGCACAUGUGAGGUAAUGAGCAGUGUAUUGUAUUGUUGAAUCAAAUAAAUUACAGCUGCAGCAUUAAGUUUGUAUAACUCUCUCUGUAUGUUUGGCUCGUGGCUUAUGAAAGUAAAAAAAAAUAUCAAUAACAGAUUCUUCUGUAAAAGCUUAUUAAAUAAGAUUAAAGUCCCUUAAACAUAAAGCUUCAAUAUUUGAGGAGGUGUUUUAAAGAUUAAGUGAACAGUCAGUGUGUUCUCUUUGUUGUCAAAUGUAUUCACUCACAGGCCGGUAAAACAGCUCUCGACUCAGCCAGAGAUCACAGCCACAAAGACGUCGCACUUCUCCUGGCAAGAGCACCUCAGGUCGGUGUUCAUAUGUGUGUGUGUGUGUAUAUAUAUAUAUAUAUAUAUAUAUAUAUAUAGACAAUUAUUUCCAAUAUAUAUAUAUAUAUAUAUAUAUAUAUAUAUGUAUAGACAAUUAUUUCCAAUAUAUACUGUGUAUAUAUAUAUAUAUAUAUAUAUAUAUAUAUAUAUAUAUAUAUAUAUAUAUAUAUAUAGGAAAAAAUUGUCUAGAUCCUGUGUAUAAAACAAAACAAACAAACAAAAAACACAUAUCCACACUUGUUUUUGUUUCUGAUUCAAAGUUUAAAACUUUUUUUUUGUUUAAAAUGCUCUGCUCUCUCUUAUUUAGCAGAUUUUCUUACUGUUUUAGGUGCAUCGCUUCAUGAGAAAAACAAUUAAAAAAAGAAGAGCUGAGAGGAGGACCCAGUCUGACCCCAGAGAGGACAAACCACCAAACAAAGUAGAGAAAUACCUGACAAAAUCUCUCAAGACUUGUGUAGGGACUUAAUUUUUCAAAGUGUAAAGUUGGUCUUUUUUUUAAAUUUUAUAUCCUGUAUUUGAAUUCAUGCCUCACUCCGGUCUAUGUGUUGUGAGUAGGAUGACAGUUCAGGUGUGGAGGAAACCCACAGCAGUGAACGAAACGCCAUCCAGGUGAGUCCUUACAAACUGAAAAAACAGAAGCAGCGUAACCACAAGACCCCAGCUGCCGUCAGCAUCCCCUGCAGCCCCCGUCAGAGGAGGAGGGUCCAAGUUCAGGUGAGUCUGAGACCAAAACCAUAGACAAUGCAACUGCUUCUUUAUAGUGAUGGUUUAUGCUUGAUGUGCCACAUAAAUACAGCGACUCCCUUCAGCAUCCAAACAUUAGAGCUUUCUGAACCUUUUUAUACAUAAAUGAUACACUCAUAAAGGGAUCAUUUUUUCAGUGUUACAUCUUCAAACAAGUCAAAAAAUCACAUCAUUAACUUUUUUUUUAAAUAUAGGAAACCUUGGAGAAGUAAUAUGCAUUAAAGAAGUAGAAAGUGAUAUGAUAAAGCUGUGAAAUCAUGUUUUUAUGACAUUAUUUUGAGAGUAAAUUCGCAACAGUAAAUAUCAAUAAAGACAUGGAGGACAUAACAAAACACAGUCUGUCUCGACUCUCAUGAUAUUCUUACAAAACUGACAUGAAACACAGAACUGGUAAAAGCAGUUAAAAGAGAAAAAACAUGUUGAAUAAAAUGAAAAGGACUACAUUUUUUCCUGAGGUUAUCUGAGCAGCCAUGAUCCUUUAGUCCUCUAAAUCCUCUGUAGGCUGUAAACAGAGACGAUGAUCAGAGAAAAAGACAGAAAAACCUCCACAGUAAGAGAGACCAGCUCUGUGAGGAUGACGACAAUGAAGACAGUCCUGCUCUGAAUGGAAAAACGUACCAGCUGUACACUCUGUAUCGGGACAAGGAUGGAAACAUCAGACAGGUUUGGGUUGUUUUUAAUUAACUGCAGACACAAAGCCGUCAUUUAUGAUCCUGCAGCAGACACUGAGAAGGUUAUAAGGAAAUCUUUGUCUUACUGUUUGGCUUUCUUCCUACUGAGCAUGCUCUGUGUGGCUCUUUUCAGGCUCCUGUUGAUGGAUGCCACUGUCAGCCACUGCUACAGAAGCUGGAGGUCCAGCUGAAAGCCACGCAGGAGGAGAUGAGGCUGCACAUCCUCAACAUCCAGGAGCAGGUCAGUUGCAGGCUGGGACAGAUGGACCGCAGGAACCGACACCAGGUGCUCCUUCUUUCUCAUUUUACCUUUACUAUCAGGAGAUAAAACUCACAUAGAAACACUGGCAGCUUCUGUGGCUCCUAAAUCUGCAGAAAACAAGCUCAAUGUGAGAAUGACACAUGUCAGUGCAAAAAGCACUUCAAACUGUGCUGCAGAAAAAAAGGAUCUGUCAAAUCAGCCUGACUGCAAACUUUUUGUGUCAAAUGCAAAGAAAAAACAAAGAUUAUUUUAGGUUCCUGAGAAAAACUGAAUUCAGGUUUUAAUUGUUAAAACAGGUGCAGUGGUUUUUAUGACAGAAUAACUUGAUGUAGGUUUAGUAACGCUGGUUUACUUUUUCUCUUUCUCCAGAUCAAAGUGUUGGACAUACUGAAUCAAGAGAGAGCUGCAGCUGAGAGGAGAAACAUGAUUUACAGGAUGGAGCAGAGAGUUGCCCAGGGGAGAGAGGAAACACUGAUGACACAGGUACAGGGUUUGAAUGUGAAACUUCCUAACAGCUGAAAGGAGUUGGAUAUACCUGUAUUCUGGUUUUAAGAGAGCUGGUCUUUGUGAUUUGAUGCUUCAAGUUAGAAGUCAUUGUGAAAUUCCCUCUGAAGGUAAAAACAUGCUUUUAAGGCUCUGUUAUGCUCUGUAUUGGAUAUACAUACAGACAUUGUUGGCGUCUGCAGUCUGCGCUCUGUGUAUGUACUGUAUGUCUGCACAUUUUUUGCAAGUAUGCAAAUACAGACUGAACCCCACAGAAAAUCCCAUGGCAGUGAAGUCAGUGGAGCCAACACACAAACUCAUUCUUUGAAAGAUUUGAUCUUUCAUCCAAAUGUUGCAAAGACCUCACAGACCACCAACAUCUGCAACAGUGGCCCCGUUUACAUGGGUCCAAAAAUCCUAUUUAUAAUCAAAUUGAAAGGUCAAUCAGAUUCAAAAUGUCUCAUUGUCGGAUUGUAAAAGGUAGUCCACACCGGUUGAUAAUCCGCUCCAUGCUCCAUGGAUAUCCGGCUGAGUGGUAGUGGUGUGUCGGUCUUGAACGAACGGAUCAAAAGAACUAGUUCUUUUUGAUGAACGAAAUGAACUAGUUCUCCCCCCCUAAAUGACCCGUUCAAUCCGUUCAGUUCUUUUGAUUGGCUGAAGAGGGACUGCUUGCCUGUCUUAUCCUAUCGUCGCGCCUCGUUCUGUGUGUGGGUGGGGCUUAGAGAAGCAGCAGCAGUACUACUGAGCUGACUGAAAGACCGGAAUGACCGAGUUGACUGAAAGAACGGGUCAAAUGAACGAAAGACCUAGUUGACUGAAAGAACGGGUCAAAUGAACGAAAGACCUAGUUGACUGAAAGAACGGGUCAAAUGAACGAAAGACCUAGUUGACUGAAAGAACGGGUCAAAUGAACGAAAGACCGAGUUGAACGAAAGACCCAGACCGAUGAACGAGUUGAACGAAAGACCGAGUGAACGAAAGAUCCUGACGGAUGAACGAGUUGAACGAAAGACCGAGUGAACGAAAGACCCAGACCGAUGAACGAGUUGAACGAAAGACCGAGUGAACGAAAGAUCCAGACGGAUGAACGAGUUGAACGAAAGACCGAGUGAACGAAAGACCCAGACCGAUGAAUGAGUUGAACGAGAGACCGAGUGAACGAAAGAUCCAGACGGUGAACGAGUUGACUGAAAGACCGAGUGAACGAAAGAUCCAGACAGAUGAACGAGUUGACUGAAAGACCGAGUUGACUGGCCGCCGCACGAGGCCCGACAGCCGAGCCGGAGCGAGCGGGACAGUCACACACACGCAAAGGCACACAGCUGCUGCUGCAGCAGCCAGAGGCAGAGAGACAACUAUUGAUACGCAUUUGCACUGUCUGUUGACAUUUUGUACUUUUUAUUAUUGUUUUUAAUGCACCUCAAAAUAAUAAAAAACCAUUAAAAACCUUAUAUAUUUUGUUACUCCUACUAUAAUUUUAUAUUACAAGUAGUGCAGUGCGAUCGCAGCGUUGGACUGGGGGUGGGAAGUGGAGUGCAGCGGUCACAGCGUCUGACUAAUGACCGAUUGACCGAAAUGAACGGGUCUUUUUACUGAAUGACCCGGAAUGAUCCGGUUCACUGAAAUGACCGGUUUUGCCCACCACUACUGAGUGGAGCGGAUUGGGUUUACAGAGAGGCUUGUUCGGUCUGCGCAGGCGCUCGGUAGUACGGAAGAGGCACGUAGUGACGUAUGCAGAGCGCGCCCAAACAAAAACAAACAUGGCGAACAAACAGAAAAACUGGACGGUGGAGUGUUAAAGUGUGUUGUUUCGUGCUACUGACGAAGCGUACACUUCUUGCUGUGUAACCCGGCUGGAUUAUACUUUUAUUAAGCUUCAACACAUAGGGUUCCUUACUCUGCUCAGUCUGGUAACUCCGGCGGUGUCACACACAAACACGUCCGUGUGCAAUUCUAAAACGGAACUAAAACAAUGGUUCCUAUGAACAAUUCCCAUUGAUACAAUACAGUACAAUUGGAUUCAGCUGGGGCCAUGAAAACGCAGACUGAACGUGGAUCUCUUUACUUAAAGUUCAUGUACACAGAUUGAAUCAGAUUCACUUAAUCCGAUUGAUUUCAAUCAGAUUGAGGAAAACUACCCAUGUAAACAGGGCCACUGUCUCUGAUUUGGCCUCUACCCUCUUCCUUUAUGGGUGACUUUUGACUUGAGUGGCGCCCUCUGGUGGUUACCGUGCUUAACAUCCAUCCCAACAUUCAGAGGACACGUGGAAGUAGUGCUGGGCGAUAUGGAAAAAAAUGUAUAUCAAGAUAUGGAUCAUUUUAUAUCACGAUAACGAUAUAUAUCACGAUAUAGUUAUGGUAUGCUUUCAGUUCUAUGAAAAAUUAAAGUGUAUACAGCUGCCCUAGUACAGUGCCAGUACAAGACCAGCACUUAAAACUAGAAAAGUGAAUAAAUAAAUAUGUGGCUGAAGUGUGUUCAUGUCUGUGCUCACCCGAAGUUAUGCAACACUCACAAAAAACGCCGAUAGUGUGAGCCAAAGCACUCCAUAAUAAUAAUAAUAAUAAUAAUUAAUUUAAUUUGUAAUGCACUUUACAUUUACAAAAAAUCUCAAAGUGCUACAGUACACAGUAAAAAAAGAGCAGCAACAAUAAAAAAGCAAUAGAAUGACAGUCACAGAUUGGCAUAAAAAACGCAAAAAAAUAAAGAAUAUAGAGUUGCAAUGUAAGAGGCAAGGUGGUAAAAGCAUAGAGGAAAGCUAACCAAAGGCUUUAUUAAAAAGGUAGGUCUUUAGGGCUCUUUUGAAGAGGUUGUUCACACUGCUGGAUGUUUCUCCUCCAAAGCUGCUCUCUGCCCCCAUCAUUGUUUACUUUACUCUUGAAGCACGUAGCAAGACCCGAGCAUGAAUCCGAGCGCUUUAUUCGCCUAUCAGGGGCAGACAGGUAAGGUGAUUUGAUUCGCCACGACUCCAGAAAUGAUUGAAAAACUACAGAAUGUCACAAAAUCACGUUUCCUCGCUCCUGACUUGAAGGUUAGAAAUGCGCAGCCGCGCUCCCAGCUGACAGGAAGUCAAACCACUGUUGUAGUUCUUUUGUGUUGCUAGCGCGGUCAAGAGUGUUGGCUCUCACUGAGAGAUGACUACAAAAAUGGACGCACCUGUUCAUCUGGUUGUUUAACACGGCUGAAAAUGAUCAUCUAUUAAUGUUGUUCCCGCUCCUGCCCACUCCCGUUGCUUUUUUUCCCCGUCCCGUCCCGAUUAAGGGGUUAUUUAAAAAUGACUCCCAUCCCGUGGGAUUCCCGCGGGAAUCACGUGACCCACGGGAAUUCCCGAAAAAUGUCAUCCUCUACAGGGAAGGUCCCGGAGCAGAUGAAACAGGUGCCGGAGCGGCUGAAAUAGGUCCCGGGUCCGAUCAAAAGAGGUCCCGGAGCGCACUCCGACUUGCUCCGGCACAAAUUAAGCACUGCGUGCAAUGAUCCCUUAAGUGUGUAACUCAGGUAACCCGCAACGGCGGAAGACGCUGGACACGAAGAGGGCACGUAAAGCGGCGUCAUGUCGCAAAAUCGAAAGAGAAAUGCGAGCCUGCAUGUCAACGCAUCCUUUUCUUUGUAAGAAAACAUUGUUUUCUUUUCCGUUUGACACCAAAUACACUUACUGAAUGUGCAAUUAUUGUUGUUGUUACUAUGAAUCAUCUGAUGGCACAAGCCCUAUGGAUAAAAUACAGCCUGUCGCCCGAAACGAUAAAAAUAAAAAUGGCACGAUAGACAUUUUCUAUCGUGCCCACGAUAUCUAUCGUCCUAUCGCCCAGCACUACGUGGAAGUAUGAGGACUGUGCUCAGGCUCAGAAUGGUUCCUGCUCUUGUUAGUUUGAUGUCUCAGCCGCUUUGUGUCUUAUCUCAUCCAGGCAGCGGUCAGUCAUGAGCUAAAGAGAUGGUGUCUGUCCCAGCUCAAAGAGGUCCAAGCUCCCACCAAAACCAAAUACUACAAACUCCUCCCCUCACCGUCGGUGGAGCAGUGUGCGGGGGAUGCUGAGCUGGAGUCCUUCCCCCUGCUGUCCGUCAGAUCUGGAGACAGCAGCACUUCACUGGCUACCUACGUCAACAUCCUGCCAUCCAGGUCCUCCCACAGCCCGGAGGUCCUGGAGCCGGAGUUGAAUGGGGGCAAGACGUACUUUGAGAUGAAGGUGGACAGGUCACCAGGUAUGUCAGAAAAAAGAGAUCAACAGAAAUGCAUGCAGAGAUGCAAGGGAACAAAGAGUGGAGAGAGUGAAGAAGGAUACUUAGUGACCCUGGUUUUGUUAAAUCAGACUAAAACUGUUUUUGUUUCCUAUAUCUGUCAGUGUGUCACUAGUUCAUCUCAGCACAGCCUGACUGAGUCUAUGUACUGAGAAAAAGUCAUGUUUUAGUGUAAAUCCUGCAGAACUGCCUUAAUCAAAAUGAACUUGUUAACUUUUGGGAGUUUUGUGUUGAAGUUUAAGCUUACUGGAGAGAUCCUGUGUCUUCUCUGUGAUCAUUUCAUACUAAUAACUCUCUGACCCUCUCACACUGUCCACCAUCAGAUGAUUAUCAGAACACAGCCCUGUUUCCUCUGCCUGCCCAGAGCACCUCCGGCCUCCUGCUGGGCUCUGUUGACCCCCUCUGGCAGCCUCCCAGAGUGCAGGAUAGUCCCACUGCCCCAGCCCUGUGUGGAGAGGGUUUCUACACCAGCAGCACAAGCUGGACCAGCAUUAGCGAUCAGGCCCCCAGAUUGACUCAGCAUCAGGACAAAAGCUUUAGUAGAAACCUGACAAACACCCACAGGCAAGCUGGGCUCCAUGCUGAGGGAACCAGGACGCUGGAGUUCUUCACUGAUCAUCCUGCAGAGCCCACCUUUGUCCAGGAGAGGAACAACCUGCACGCCAAGGAGGUGAGAUCAACAACAGGUUUUCAUUACUGCAAGUUCAUGAAGAAACAAACUUUAAAGAGGCAGAGACCUCCAGGGUUCAGAAAUGAAGAUGAUGUAGAAGUGCAAAAAGCUACAGUUCCUCUGCUGGCCACAAGAAGUCAUCUCCAUAAAAGUUCUUAUUAAAAAAGCCUGUUUAUAAAACAGAAUCAAAGGGAAUGGGAACUUAAUCAGCACUUUAUUUUGCCACCAGAAAGACCAUCUGUUUUUGCGCACAUGCUCCUGCUGGGUCUGUAGUGAAUGAGUCACCUGUCUACAGUGAAUUUUGAUCCGUUUGGCAUGUUGUUUAGCACUGAACUGCCUCAGGGCAGCCUGCAGACAGUGAUGUGUGUAGGGUUUAUUUCAGUUCAGCCUUCCUCUUCAACAGCAGCUAACACAGUGUUAUAUAAAUAUGGUAAACAUUUUGAUUUCUAAAGCUCUGACUGGACUCCUGAAUGUUGAAGAAAGUGGGUAACUUCUAAAUCUGAUGUCUAAAAUGAAACACCAGUGUUUAAAGUGUGAAACAGCUUCAGUAAUAUAUGGAUCUGAGCGCCCUCACAGGUGUGCCAUUCCUUCCAGGUGACUCAGCGUUUCUUUGAGACAGUGUCCAUCCAGCUGGAGCGAUGGUACGAGAGGAAGGUCGUGGAGGUGGAGCGGCAGACGGCGCUCCGAUCCCAGCAGGACAGGGACGAGCUGCUGCAGCGAAUCAAUGCGCUGGAGGAGGAGCUUCGGAGGCUGAGGACCAAUGAGAGCACAGAAUCACUGAAGCAACCUGACAGUGACUGA